AUGGCCUCUCAUUCCCAUGAGCACUCUCACGCUCAUGAGGAACAUGGGCACGGUCACGGCGGUCACGGAGACCACCACGACCACUCUCACGACUUGGAGCCCGCGCUUCAGUCAAACCUUUACAAACAAAUUGAGUUCGAAGGCAUCGUCACACUCAACGAGGCUGAGUCGCGAUCAGGCGCGGCAAUAGUUCAGAAGACAUGGGAUGAACGACUGAACGACCAACCAAUACUUGAAAGCGAUGCAGAUGAGCAGAUUUUGAUGCACAUUCCUUUCGCAGGAUCAUGCAAACUGUAUUCAAUACUCAUCCGUACUUCCGAUUCCGACUCGGCUCCGCAGACUCUGAAACUAUUUCGCAACCGGGAUGACAUGGACUUUAGUACAGCGACCGACCUCAAGGCUACUCAAGUUAUCACUCUACCACGAAGCAAUGAUGUGGCGGAUAUUCCUCUGAACCGCGCCCUUUGGAACGGCACGACAUCCAUUAAUCUUUUUUUCGAGGACAACCAUUCUGGAGGAAGUGAAGAUGUCACUAGAAUCAGUUAUUUAGGCUUCAAGGGGGAUUUCAUGGCAUUGAAUCGCGAACCGGUCAGCGUGCUCUAUGAAGCGGCUGCAAACCCGAAGGACCACAAGGUCAUCCAAGGCCUGACAAACGUGGGUCAUUCUACGCCAGGACAGUGA